GGGGCGCGGAGGCCUGCGCGCGGGGUUCCGACGCUUCUGGGCUGGUGAUCGCAGCCCGAGCGGCCUCUGGAUCACGGGCUCCCAGCUCUCCAGCCUUGAAGUGUUCGACAGUUAAAGCAAGGAGAAGAUUCAUGGGUGUUGAAUAUGCAAGGAGCUGAAGAGAGAGAGAUUGGAAGAGAGGUCUGUCCAGGUUGGGUGAACAAACCUGCUCCAGAACAGGAUGUCUCUGAAAUUGAUUCACCAGAGACGGUGGGAAAGAGACUCCAAGGGGAUGAAUCCCAGCAUUCUGCAUUCGAUGACAAAUACACACAUGAGAGCAUGAAGGAAAACUCUCCCAGGGGUGUUCCUGAGCCACGCCUUUUUCAGGAAGGAGGUUUUAGGGGAAGAACUUUCAUCCACAAGGAAGCACCUCCUGAAAUGAUUAGCCAAGAAUAUAAUUUUGAGAAAAGGUUGCUUUUGACCUCAAGCCUUGUUACACAUCUCAGGGUUUCUACAGAAGAGAGUUUACAUCAGUGGGAGACAAGUAGCGUACACCCCAAUGAGAUUUCAGACCAAAGUAAAUGCUCAACCCUGUCCACACAGAAAAGGUCUUGGCAGUGUGAUGACUGUGGCAAACAUUUCACUCAGCGCUCAUCCCUGACCCAGCAUCAGAGAACCCAUACUGGAGAGAGACCCUACGCGUGUGAGGAGUGUGGGAAAGCCUUUAGUCGCAGUUCGUUCCUCGUUCAGCACCAGAGAAUCCACACUGGGGUGAAACCGUACAGCUGUGAGCAGUGCGGGAAAACGUUUCGAUGCCGCUCAUUUCUUACCCAGCAUCAGAGAAUCCACACCGGAGAGAAACCUUAUAAAUGUAGCGAAUGUGGGAAUUCCUUCCGCAAUCAUUCACAUCUCACCGAACACCAGCGAAUCCACACUGGGGAGAAACCUUAUAAGUGUAAUAGGUGUGGGAAGUCAUUCAAUCAGAACACACACCUCAUUCAUCAUCAGAGAAUCCACACUGGGGAGAAACCUUACUUGUGCAAUGAGUGUGGCUCCUCUUUUCGCAAACACUCAAAUCUCACACAGCAUCAGAGGAUUCACACGGGGGAGAAACCCCACAAGUGUGAUGAAUGUGGGAAAACCUUUCAAACAAAGGCAAACCUGUCUCAACAUCAGAGAAUUCAUACUGGAGAAAAGCCCUAUACAUGUAAGGAGUGUGGCAAAGCUUUUUGCCAGAGUCCAUCCCUUAUCAAACACCUGCGAAUUCAUACUGGAGAGAAACCUUAUAAAUGUAAGGAAUGUGGCAAAGCUUUUACUCAGAGCACCCCACUCACUAAACAUCAGAGAAUUCACACAGGGGAGAGACCCUACAAAUGCAGGGAGUGUGGCAAAGCCUUCAUUCAGAGCAUUUGCCUUACUCGGCAUCAGAGAAGUCACACUGGAGAAAAACCCUACAAAUGCAAUGAGUGCGGGAAGGGCUUCAAUCAGAAUACCUGCCUCACUCAGCAUAUGAGAAUUCAUACUGGAGAGAAGCCCUAUGAAUGUCAAGAAUGUGGGAAGGCCUUUGCUCAUAGCUCAUCUCUUACUGAACACCACAGGACUCACACUGGUGAGAAGCUCUAUAAGUGUAGCGAGUGCGAGAAAACCUUCCGCAAGUACGCACACCUCAGCGAACAUUACAGGAUUCACACUGGCGAGAAGCCUUACGAAUGCAUUGAAUGUGGAAAAUUCUUCAGACAUAGUUCAGUCCUUUUCAGACAUCAGAAGCUCCACAGUGGUGAAUGAACCUGGCUUUAGGUUAUGGCAGUUUCUCGAGAAACUGGCUAGGAAUUUGGCUGAGGGAAGAGGGGCCUGUAGAGUUGCUGGAGGGAAGGAUGAAGGAGCCUUGAAUACCGCACUCAGAAGACUAUUUCAGAGAUGUAUGUGGGGCUUGGAGAGAGAAUGCAGAGCCUGCUCCAGGUGGGCAUCUGGGAGUACAGGGUACUAGGGAAGUUCUUGUUCUCCAGGUAAAUCCUUGCUGCUUGCCACUCCUCUCCCCCCACGUGACCUGUGCACCUCAAGGUGCCAUUUGAUACAUUAGCACUUGUGUCUCCUUUACUACAUUCCUGCUGCACGUUCCGAAAUUGUCACAUCUGUCCACUGACCCAUAGGCCGAGGUGCUUUUCCGAACACUCAUUGUGAGGGUGGUCACAGUUCUGAGGCCAUGCUAAGCAGCCACCAGACCUCGAAGGCAGCCCCAGCCAUGCUGCUGUGGGGAGGCUGCUCAGCCUGUGAAUGGUCCCAGCGAGGGAAUGGAAGCAAGUGAAGGGCAGUCCAUGCUCAGCAGUAGGGGCAUGUGGCAAGAACUGGGCUGACACCUAAGACACGUUGGUAAAGAAGGCUUUUAUCAGGGUGGGGGGGAUCUUUCCUGACCCUUUUGAGCUGGGGAAAGAAAGAGGAGGUCAAGAGAGACUUCUGGAAUGAUGCCAGUUUGUGGAAUGGUGUCAUGGUUGCUCAGAGAGCCCUGGAGAGGGAGGCCCAGCCUGUGUCCUGGAAGAAUAGUGGCUUACCCAGCACGGAGGUGGCCUGUGCGAGGCUGGCGGUCAGAAGAAGGCAUGAGCAGGAAACCACGUGUCGGAGCAAGCCAUUAACGUGCCCCUCCCUGGACUGAGGUGUACACCUGUCUCCUGCUGCCCAGGGAUUCUGCUCCAGAAGAUUGUGGACAGCCUUUGACAGGAAAUCAUCUCUAUGCUCUGAAGCUUAAUACAGCUCUUAAAAUGUGGCUAUUAAAAACAAUGAAACAGACCAGCUUUCACGUUGCUUCUGGACCGUCUGUGUAGGACAACUGUGGAGCCUGUGUUGUUCUCUCCUGAUAAGCUCCUGUCCCCUUAGACAGGCAUCGGAGGCCCCACAUCUGGCCCAUGUUUUCUUUGACCUCAACUGAAACACCGAGUCAGACAUUUUUCCAUGCCAACAUGUGACUGGUCUGCAGUUAGCAGAAAGGAGGUGUGGUGAGUCCAUGAGUGUGUGCAUGAAUUAUUUGCAAAGAGCAAUCAUUCUGAACCUUUCUGGGAGAUACAGAGUAUGUGGUUGUAUUAAGCAGAGGAUCCCAUAAGAAGAGUUAUGUUGUAAUGUUUUUUUGUUUGUUUCCCUACAAAGGAGGCAUUUAAAUAUCCUACCGCAGUUUAACGCAAUCCUUUCAGACAUGUUGGUGCCGGGGUCAACAGGAGGAGAGCACUGCAUGCAGACGGAGAAGCAGAGCUGCGUCAGCGGGGCCCCUGUGGAGUGAGCAGGAGCUGACCGAUGCUGCUGGCCCUGCGAGGAAGCAGUUGAGCUUAGAAUUCCCACCGUGGAAGCCCUUUCUGAGCUCACGGCUUUCCCCGAGCUCUGGAAACGAUAGAGAACUGGCAUGUGUUGCUCAUUCACAGUGUGUUGAAAUUUAAUUCGUGGUUUCAGAAGGACACAGGAGACGAGGCCGCACUAGAUCCUCACACCAGCAGAGGGGAAACAGGUGGCUGGGUUUGCCAGGGUCACAUAGCUAACCCUGCCCUUCCUGGGGAAGAUGACGAACCAGUGUCACUUGUGCUCCCAACAGCGUAUCCCUGGGUGAGAAGACCAACCCAGAAGGCACGUGUUAGAUGACUGGAGGAAGAGGUGGAGAGGCAGGGAGCCUGGUCACCAGGGCUCACAUCCGGAGAAACUGAAGACGCACGCUGAACAAAGAACAGGAGGGGGAAUCCUGCGGGAAUGGUUGGGAGGACCUCCCACGCAAAUGUACACUCAGCCCUUUCCCAGGAAACAAAUGUGGCUCUAAUGACAAUCAUCUCUGAGAGAGUACCUUGUAACUGUCAUGAAUGUGAGAAAUGGUUUCUUGUAAACCUGAACCUGCUGGACAGAUGCCCCUUCACUGUGUUAAACAUAACACGAGUUCUUGCCAGAUCCCACUGCCGGUGAAACAUCGGAGACUCGGCAUGCAGAAGAAACCUUCGGAGUGCAGUGAGUGUGGGAAGUUCUUCACUCAGAGGCCAUCUCUUAUCAGCAUCAGGGGAUUCACACAGGGGAGCAGCCCUACGCAUGCAGUGAGUGCGGGACCUGUUUCCAUAAACAGUUGAAUCUUACUCAACAUCUGAGGAUUCACAUGGGAGAGAAACCUUAUAAAUGUAAUGAAUGUGAGAAAACCUUUCAAACAAAAGCAGUUCUUGUCCAGCAUCUGAGAAUUCACACUGGAGAGAAACCCUGUAAAUGCAAUGAGUGUGGCAAAGCCGUUUGUCAGAGUCCCUCCCUUACUAAACGCCUGCGGAUCCACACUGGAGAGACACCGUAUAAAUGCACGGGAUGUGGCAAAGCCUUCAGUCAGAGCGUAUGCCUUACUCGUCCUCAGAGAAGUCACUCUGGAAAUAAACCUUUCAAGUAUAAUGACUGUGGGAAGGCCUUCCGUCAGAGUGCAUGCCUCAUGCGGCAUCAGAGGAUGCAUUCAGGAGAGAAGCCCUCCACUUGUGACGACUGUGGUAAAGCCUUCACGCAGGACUCUUCCCUUGUGGGACACGAGAGAACUCACACUGGAGGGAAACUUUGUAAGUGUAGCGCGUGUGAAAAACCUUUCCACAAGCAAGCCCACCUAGGUGAACAUUAUGGGAUUCACACUGGAGAAAGGCUUUCUGAAUGCGUCAGGUGUGGGAAGUGCUUUAGACAUCACCGCUCAGCACUUGUUCGGCAUCAGAAGCUUCAUGCUGGAGAAUAAAACUUGGGAUGUAACCAGUGUGGAAAGACUAGUGUGAAAGCUCCAUUUUCCCCUAACUUCUUGAAAGUUUAAGACUCAGUCCGCAGUUGGGAUGAAAUGUUUUGUAUGUCGGGCAAAAGGUAGUGGGUCCUGAAAGUUAAAAAAUAGACUCAGCAACAAUUAAAAUUAAAAAAAAAAAAAUAGACUCAGCACCAGACAGCCCUGAGUUUGUUCCUUCUCUGCCUCUUACCAGGUACGUGACCUUAUGCUGAGUCUCAGCUGUCCCUGGCCUCCUGCUGCAGAGAACAGUGAGGACUGUUGCUAGGGUUCUCUCGAGAAUAAAUUGAGCUGUACAUAAUAAAGAACUGCCAUUAAUUGGUUGAGUUACAGAUGUUCCAAAAAUUUGUAAAUGUGGCUAAUAAAAACAAGCAAA